AUGGCAGGCAAACGAGACAACUUUAUGAGGGUGGAUGAUCUGGACUCUAGGUUACCAUCAUCAUCUGUAUCUCGCCAACAGAACUACGCCUCCAAUAUUAGUGGACCACUUCAUCCAAUUCAUGGAAGCCAUAACACAUCUGGAUCUUUUAAGAAAGGGAUCCAAAAGGGUUCCAAAGGGCUUAAAUCGAUAGGUCGUUCACUUGGUUUUGGUGUUUAUCGAGCAGUGUUCCCAGAAGACCUUAAAGUAUCUGAAAAAAAGAUAUUUGAUCCUCAGGACAAGACCCUCUUGUUUUGCAAUAAAUUAUUUGUUAUGUCCUGUAUUCUUUCAGUGUUUGUGGACCCUUUUUUCUUCUAUCUUCCUGUGAUCAAUGUUGAGUCCAAGUGCCUGGGUAUUGACCGAAAACUGGCUAUCACGGCAACUACAUUGCGGACUAUCAUCGAUGUGUUUUAUCUCGCUCACAUGGCUCUCCAGCUUAGGACUGCUUAUAUUGCACCUUCAUCCCGGGUCUUUGGGCGAGGUGAACUCGUGAUAGAUCCUGCACAGAUAGCAAAGAGAUAUUUGCAACGGUGGUUUAUUAUUGAUUUUCUCUCUGUACUUCCUGUCCCUCAGAUAGUAGUUUGGAGGUUCUUGCACAGGUCAAGGGGGUCGGAUGUACUAGCUACAAAGCAAGCCUUGCUUUUCAUUGUAUUGGUUCAGUAUAUACCGCGAUUUCUACGUGUCUUACCCUUGACAUCGGAAUUGAAAAGGACAGCAGGUGUCUUUGCAGAAACUGCUUGGGCUGGUGCCGCCUAUUACCUGCUUUUAUAUAUGCUUGCAAGUCAUAUAGUUGGAGCGUUUUGGUACCUUUUAGCCUUAGAACGUAACGACGCCUGCUGGCAGGAGGCCUGUAGAGAUGCAGGGAAUUGCAGCACAGAUUUCUUGUACUGCGGCAAUCAAAACAUGGACGGUUAUGGUGUUUGGAACAAGACCAAAGAAUCUGUUCUUCAGUCCAAGUGUCGUGCUGACCUCGAUGAUCCUAAUCCUCCGUUUAACUUUGGGAUUUAUACACAGGCUUUAUCGUCUGGCAUUGUCUCAUCUCAAAAGUUCAUCACAAAAUAUUGUUAUUGUUUGUGGUGGGGCCUUCAGAACUUGAGUACACUUGGACAAGGGCUGGAAACCAGUACAUACCCACUGGAGAUCAUAUUUUCCAUAGCUCUUGCCAUUUCUGGGUUGAUUCUCUUUGCUCUUCUCAUCGGAAACAUGCAGACAUAUCUCCAAUCUCUUACCAUACGGCUAGAAGAAAUGAGAGUGAAGAGGCGUGAUUCAGAACAAUGGAUGCAUCACAGGAUGUUACCACAAGAUCUUAGGGAGCGUGUGAGACGCUAUGACCAGUACAAAUGGUUGGAGACACGUGGUGUAGAUGAAGAGUAUCUCGUUCAGAAUCUCCCCAAGGAUCUCCGGAGAGACAUCAAGCGACAUCUUUGUCUGGCUUUAGUGCGCAGGGUUCCAUUGUUUGAGAGCAUGGACGACAAGCUGCUGGAUGCGAUAUGUAUGAGGCUGAAACCAUGCUUGUUCACGGAGAGUACCUACUUAGUCCGGGAAGGAGACCCUGUAGAUGAGAUGCUAUUCAUAAUACGUGGCCGCCUCGAGAGUGUGACAACGGAUGGAGGCAGGAGCGGUUUCUUCAACCGUAGUCUGCUGAAAGAAGGAGAGUUUUGUGGGGAAGAGCUUCUGACAUGGGCAUUGGAUCCCAAAUCAGGUGUGAAUCUCCCAUCUUCCACCAGAACCGUGAAAGCUCUGACAGAAGUAGAGGCUUUUGCGCUGACCUCAGAGGAGCUGAAGUUUGUAGCAAGCCAGUUCAGGCGGCUACAUAGCAGGCAAGUGCAGCACACGUUCAGGUUUUACUCUCACCAAUGGAGGACUUGGGCUGCUUGCUUUAUCCAAGCCGCCUGGCGCCGAUACUGCAAGAGGAAGAAGAUGGAAGAAGCCGAGGCAGAGGCCGUGCCCAGCUCAACCACUGGAUCUUCUUCAUACUCCAUUGGGGCUGCGUUUCUUGUGACUAAGUUUGCGGCUAAUGCGCUACGCACCAUUCACAGGAAUCGGAACACAAGGAUAAGAGACUUGGUCAAGCUGCAGAAGCCUCCCGAGCCUGAUUUCACUGCGGAAGAUGCUGAUUGA